AUGCCUACUUCAGCAACCUCGUUUUCAACGGGCCUUAUUCUUUGUGCCACUUCGUUCUCCCUCGGAGCUAUUUACUCCAAUUGGGCUUAUGAUUACUAUACUCUUUGGACUUCGCAUCCUACAAACGAAUCAUUUGCUCUGUCUCUAUCGCAUUACCAGACAUGGGCUAAUAUGCCAACUUUUCUCCACCAUGUCCAUCACUUUAUUAUCGGACUGGGCUUUUUAGGUCUGUUCAUCAAACUAUACAAACCAUCCGAAUCUAAUACAUUGUUUGAUGGUGGAAGUCUAUUUUUAUAUGUAAUUGCUGUGGCUUUUUACAUUAGCAACUUGCAACGAGGUGUGUUCUCUGCUGUUGCUGGAGAAUGGGGUGAUGUUGACGAGCAUACUGGCAUCAAUGUCAUUGCUGCCACUCAAGUGUUUAUUGUUUUGGUGCUGUUGGGAGUUGUCGGUCUUCAAUUUGGUCAAUACUGGGCCGAAUUAGAAGAUGCUACUAUCCGAGCAAAGGCUGAUGCUGAAGAAAUCGUCAGUGAAGAAAAAGAUGCCGAACCUGAAAAGACCGAAAAACCUAUCAAGGAGUCUAAGAAGACUAAAUAA